CCGCAGUUACUACAAAAUGCGAGGCGGCAGCAGCGAACGCUUGGUCGUGCGACCCUCACGGCGUCGGGGUGAUACCCGCGCGAAAUUAACGCGAUACAUAACAAUCUUGCUGGCAGCGUUACUGGGCGGUGGCGGUUCGGCACUACUGUUCCUCGUACCUCUAUACGCUGACCCAGCUUUGAGUGCUUUGGCUGCAGACUUCGAUCCAAUACCAGCUGAGUGCGUCACCGAGCGACGAGACGACAGGUUAGGUUUGGACAACUGCACCUGGGCUUCGUGUCGCGAAGGAUGCACCAGCGACGCUUAUAAGUGUACGCAACUGCAUGUGAAAUACAAGGCGUACACGAGCGAAUGGCGACCGGCUGUGUUGUUUGUGAACAUCAAAGGAUGCGGUUACCCACCUACUGUAGACUGCGAGAACUUCACCACAAGUUAUGGCUUCGUGGGGGCCAAGUACCCUUGCUACUGGUCCCGAGCGGACGCGAGCGUGGUGAUACCAAGGUGGUCACGCGGCGAGCAAGUGGCCACAGUCACACGCACCUUGGCGUUGCCUCUGUUCCUGUCGGGAUGUGCUGGGAUCGGACUAUGCGCGUUGCACUGUGAGUGCAAGCCGCGUCGUCGCCGCCGUCCUCCGCGUCGGCCGCCGCGUCUGCCUACACUCUCUGCCGAUGAGACAUCGCCGGUCUACCGCCUAGCUUAAAAUUACGACAGACGAAAGGAUAAGAACUCUAAACGCGUAAGACUCACGCCAAUUGCAGCCGAACAUUCAGAAGACCGUCGACAAGGUAGCUAAGCCU